AUGGCGGCCUCAGAAGUCGCGGCCAUCACGGGUCUGAGCGAGGAGGCGAGCCAGUCGCUCCUCGACGCGGCGGGCGGCAACCUGGAGGUUGCCGUCCAGCUCCACUUCGACCAAGAGGACAGCGCCGCCGGAAGCAGCCUCCCGGGCUUUUCUCACCUCCGCCUCCUCUUUGUCGGCCUUGGGCGGCUGCUUCAGCGCACCGGCCUGCUCUCGCUGGAGCUGCACGGCGAGACGCACCCGCGCUUCUUCCGCGGGAGCUGCUCCGAGGCGCUGUCGCGAGCGCGGAGGGAGGCCAAGUUCUGCCUCGUCUACCUCCACUCCGCCGCCCACCCCGCCGCCGCCUCCACCUGCGACGAGCUGAUUGCGAAUGCGCUCUUUGCCGCGUUUGUGGACGAAAACUUUGUCUUUUGGGUGGCAGAUGACGCGACAGCGGACGGGCGGGCGGUGCGGCAGGCGCUGCGGCCGCGCGAGCUGCCCACGCUCGUCGUGCUCGCGCAGGCCGAGGGCGCCGGCCGGGGUCGCGGCGCGCAGGCGCUGGCUCAGGUUGCCGGCGUGCGGCUGCGCGACGUGGACGGGACGGUCGCCGCCUUGUCCGAGACGCUGCAGACGUGGGCUCCGCUGCUCGAGGAGGCGCGGGAGGAGCUGACGGCGCGCGCGGACCAGGCGCGGGAGGAGGCAGAGGCGCCGCUGCAGGCUGUGGUUGACUGGGUCGAGGCGUCCGACCCCGACGGGGAGGAGUUCGGCCUCGCCUCGAGCUACCCGCGCAAGGAGUUUGGGCGCGAGCUGCGCGGCUCCUCGCUGUCGGAGCUGGGGCUCCACCCGUCGAGCACGCUCUUCACGCGCGAGCUGUCCGACUCGGACUGA